UCUCUAGCGAAGUCAACGUCGUGAAUGUUAGCCACGAAUAUGUGGUAACACACAACACAAAGAUCUCUCUUUUUUCAUAUGAAUCUAUUAUAACGUCCUUUUUGGAACCUUUGUGCAACUUUUGGUCAUAAUGGCAGAGGUUGAAAGGUCAAGAAUACGCAGCGUAGUUCAGACUGUAAAGCAUUCCAAUUCUCCAAGCACGAGGAUAACGAGAUCGCGGUCUCGAUCGAGAUCACCGGUUGAAGGAAGAAGGAAAGCUAAUGAGGAUAAAGAGAACAUACGCAGGAGUGAUGAUGAUGAUGAGGAUGAAAAGGAAUACCACGGAAGACUGCAACAAAGUGAUAGUGACAAUGACACAAGAUCUCAGCGGAGGAAAGAAAGAAAGAAAUAUGACUCAGAACGAUAUAAGGAGCGAGAAAGACAUGACAAUCGAAGACGUCGCAGUGAUGAUGAUGAUGGUGAUAAUGGUGGCUGGCGUGCAGAUCGGCGAAAAAGGCAAGAACGUAGAUCUGACAGAAGAAGGCAAGAUACACCUUCAGAUGAUGAGAGGUAUGACAAUCGCAAUCCAGUCGAGAAAAAAGGUAAAUAUGAUGAGAGAAGAGAACAGCCAGAACAAGAAGGAUCAACAGAGAAGACUGAAGAGCCAGAAAAGGUUGUACGAAAGAAGGCAAAUACAGAUAAUCCACUCCUGACAAGAACAGGGGGAGCUUACAUUCCACCAGCAAGACUCAAAAUGAUGCAGGAAGGCAUUGAAGAUAAGAGCAGUGAAGCCUAUCAGCGUAUCAGCUGGGAAGCUCUGAAGAAAAGUAUCAAUGGUCUCGUUAACAAGGUUAACACAUCAAACAUUGGCAACAUUGUACGAGAGCUUUUUCAAGAAAACAUUGUGAGAGGAAGGGGUGUCCUUUGUCAAUCAAUUAUCAGAGCACAGGCAGCGUCGCCCACGUUCACCCAUGUUUAUGCUGCUCUUGUAGCCAUCUUGAACACAAAGUUUCCUAAAAAUGGUGAACUUCUUUUGCGUCGGUUGGUGCUGCAGUUUAGGAGAGCUUACAGAAGAAAUGACAAGGCUGUGUGCUUAUCAUCCACCAGGUUCAUAGCUCAUUUGGUCAAUCAACAAGUGGCCCAUGAGAUUUUAGCUUUGGAGAUCCUGACAUUAUUGUUACACAAACCAACAGAUGAUAGUGUUGAAGUUGCAAUUGGGUUCCUGAAAGAAGUUGGAAUGAAAUUAACUGAAGUAUCUUCCAGGGGUGUUCAUGCUGUGUUUGAGAGGCUGCGGAACAUUCUUCACAAUGCAGAGAUUGACAAGCGAGUUCAGUACAUGAUUGAAGUGAUGUUUGCUGUAAGAAAGGAUGGAUUUAAGGAUCAUGUUGCUGUACCUGAUGAACUUGACCUUGUUGAAGAGGAAGAUCAAAUCACUCAUUUAUUGCGGCUGGAGGAAGCAUCAAAUCCAGAGGACAUUUUAAAUGUCUUCAAGCUUGAUCCAAAUUUCUUGGAAAAUGAAGAGAAAUACAAAGAAAUCAGAAGAGAUAUUCUUGGAGAAGGAGACUCAGGUGAUUCUUCUGAUGGAGAUGAUGAUGAUGAUGACGAUGACGAUGACGAUGAUGAAGGCGAGGGCCAAGAUGACAAAAAAAUGGAGAUUAUUGAUCACACUGAAACAAAUCUUGUAGCUUUGAGAAGAACGAUAUACCUCACCAUUCAGUCCAGUUUGGAUUAUGAGGAAUGUGCCCACAAACUGCUGAAGAUGCAAAUUAAACCAGAACAAAUGUCUGAGUUCUGUACAAUGGUCAUCGAUUGCUGUUCUCAACAAAGAUCUUAUGAGAAGUUCUUUGGUCUCCUGGCCCAGCGGUUCUGCCAGCUUAAUAAAGAGUACAUGGAGGAGUAUCUAAAGGCUUUUCAGGAACAAUACGAAACAAUCCAUCGCCUUGAGACGAACAAACUCAGGAACGUGGCCAAGUUCUUCGCUCAUCUUCUUUUCACUGAUGCCAUCCCUUGGACGGUGCUAGACUGUAUCAAACUGAAUGAAGACGAAACCACCUCCUCAAGCCGUGUUUUUAUCAAGAUUCUGUUCCAAGAGUUAGCCGAAUACUUGGGUCUUCCAAAACUCAACGAGCGCCUGAAAGAUCCGUUUCUGGCACAAUAUUUUGAAGGAAUCUUUCCCCGCGACAAUCCACGCAACACUCGGUUUUCAAUCAAUUUCUUCACCUCAAUUGGUCUUGGUGGUAUCACAGACGAACUGAGAGAGCAUUUGAAGAACGCUCCUAAAAUGAUCAUGUCCCAGCAGAGGCCUGGUGAGAGCGAUAGCGAUUCGGAUUCUUCUGACGACAGCGACAGUGAAGAUAGUUCAAGUUCGGAAGAUUCUUCCGAAGAAUCUCCGGAGUCUUCUGAAGACUCCUCGGACGAUGAUCGUAAGAAGAAAAGGCACAAGAAGAAGCAUUCGUCUCGGAAGAAGAAGAAAGAAUCGAAUUCCAAGAAGAAAGAAUCAGAUUCCAAGAGACACAAGAAAAGGCGAUGAAAGAAUUAGGUUGAGAUUGGAAAGGAAUAAUUUUUACUUAGUUUGUGGUCAUUAUUCAAACAUGCUCUUCAAUAAUUCUCAUUGUUUUAGAGAAACAGAAGACAGUGGAGACUUGGGGCGAGACUGAAAUAAAUAGAGAAGAGUCCGUGACCUUCCUUCCCUCCCUUUCUCGCCUCACCCCCUCCUCGUCUGUUAUUUGUUGUCGUUUUUAUGUACCUAUCCUGAUUAGGAAACAGGAAACAGGAUGAGUUAAGUUUUAACGCUUUUGGAAAUAGGAACUUCCCGUUAUACGAGGGUGAGCGAUUCAGCGAUUCAGCGUGAUCUUUCAUAGGGCUGCGAUGUUUGACUCAGGGUCAUAUUGGCCUCUCUAGGGAGGGAUGGGUGAAGAUAAAAGGCAUCGUUUUCAACAGAUACUUCUAUUCUAUCUCUUUGUAGAAAUUCCUUAAAAAAAUUAUGUAGUUUUCGUGGAAAAUGUAAAUAA